GCAAAGCGUAACUUUAUGGAACCGUUGUCAUUCUAUAGGGUUGUAGAUAAAGUUUGGUGACUAGCUGGUUUUUACGUGUAACGUAAAAGUGGAUUUCCAAUGCCAGAGCAAAGCGUGGAUAUACAUAGUGCCGAAAAGUCGGAGGAUUUUAAGACCAAAACGGCCCAAGACGGAAUCAUAAAUAGGGUUUUUAAAGCUUUAGAGUUGAGACAUUCAACGGCAGAAGGAAUUCGUCGUCAAUCAUCAACAAACUACGUGGAUUGGGAACUUCUCUUCUCCGAUCCUAACCUCUCCCCAUCACGAGGAUCAACAAUGCAGAGGACUCAGAGCAUUAUGGAGUUUCAGCAGCUCAUGAAGAACGAUGCAAAGUCAGCGCUUCGUUAUGAACUUGAUAAACUUGGGAACACUGCAGAGAAAGAAUACAGAGAGAUAAUCAAGAAAGAUUUGGCAAAUUUUGAAACUUUAUUCAAGCGAUUCUUGCUUAAAUCCGGACCUUCUAUUGUUUGGAAUGAUAUCAAGUCUCCACCAGAGGGAUAUAUCAAAUCUUACAGUGAAAUCUCGAAACCUACUUUAUCGGGAACUGAAAAACAUCUUCUCAGCAAGUUGGUUGUUGUCAAGUUAAAUGGUGGCCUCGGCACGAGCAUGGGGUGUACUGGCCCUAAAAGUUUGAUCUCUGUUCGUAGCGGACUCACUUUUCUUGAUCUGACAGUCCAGCAGAUAGAGUCAUUAAACAAGAAGUACGACGCCCAAGUUCCUCUGGUUUUAAUGAAUUCAUUCAACACCGAUGAUGACACGAAUAUGAUUCUACGUAAAUAUGCGUCGUGUCACGUGAAAAUCCACACUUUCAACCAAAACAGGUACCCUCGCAUUAACAAAGAAUCUCUUCUUCCGAUUGCGCAAUCUUGUAACGAUCCACUAGAGGCGUGGUAUCCACCCGGUCAUGGAGAUGUUUACGAGUGUUUUGUCAAGUCCGGUCUGCUCGAUAAAUUUGUUAAAGAAGGCCGCGAGUUUGUCUUUGUUUCAAACAUCGACAACUUAGGGGCAACCAUUGACCUCAACAUCUUAAACAUGCUGGUAAAUCCACCUGAGGGCAGCAAACCAUGUGAUUUUGUGAUGGAGGUGACAGAUAAAACAAGAGCUGAUGUUAAGGGUGGUACUCUUAUUGAAUACGAGAACAAACUUCGUUUGCUCGAGAUUGCGCAAGUUCCCAAGGAACACGUGGACGAGUUCAAAAGUGUUUCAAAGUUCAAGAUCUUCAACACCAACAACUUAUGGAUGAGUAUGCAGUCUAUAUCGGAACUAACAACUGCUGGGAAAAUGGAGAUGGAAGUUAUUGUGAACAACAAGAGACUUGCCAAUGGAACCAAUGUUAUUCAACUUGAAACUGCAAGUGGAGCUGGAAUUAAAAACUUUCACAAUGCAAUCAAAAAAACUUCUGAUCUUCUGCUGGUAAUGAGCAACCUCUAUGAGUUGAAGAAUGGAUCAAUGGUGAUGAGUAGCAAGCGUCAGUUCCCAACCACACCUCUCAUUAAGCUUGGUGAUGAACAUUUUUCAAAGAUCCACAAAUUUCUCGGUCGAUUUGCGAACAUACCGGACAUGCUUGAACUCGACCACCUCACAGUCAGUGGUGACGUCACGUUUGGAAAAGACGUCACGCUCAAGGGGACAGUGAUAAUCAUCGCCAACCACGGUGAACGAAUUGAUAUCCCAUCUGGUGCUUUCUUAGAAAACAAGAUUGUCUCCGGCAACCUUCGUAUCCUCGACCACUAGAGGCAGCAGCAUGCACGCUACGUCAUUAAUGACGUCACCCACAAAGCGCUUAAACAUUUUCAAUUUUGACAACCCUUAAAAAUUUUACUUCGCCCGUUUGAUUUUAUCCUGUUGUUAAUAAUCUUUGAUACUUAAUUUAGCAUCCAUGUCAUCACGACUACAAUUUUGCUACGUUUUAUUAGCACAAAUAAGGUCCUACUACAAAGUGAAGAUAUUUAUGUUGGUCUUGUAUGCAAUAUUGUUGUAGUGUGUGUUGAUACAUCAGCCACAUACAUUAUUUGGCAACGAAUAAAAAUAUAUAUCUAUUUAUGAUCAACACGCAUGAAUAAAUGUCACUAUUCUUUA